AUGGAUGCACAGCUGCACUACUCCAGGCGACUCCUGCUACAGCUGCAGGGGCCGGCCGCGUGCCCAUCACCCGGCGCCGUUCCGGACGCUCGGCUGGUCCCGGCAGCGGCAGGCGAGCUCAACUCCGACGCGAUCCUCACCCUCGCGCUCCUCACGUGCGGCCUCGUCGCGGCGCUCACGUUCCGCGUCGUGCUCCAGUGCGCGCUCCGCGUCACGCGCGGCGCGUGCUGCGGCGGAGCCGACGACGCGCAGGACGACGACGACGACCCCGAGGAGCAGGAGCAGGUCCAGCAGCACGCGGGCGGAGGCGCGGGGCCGGCGCAGCUGCAGGCCGCCGCGCGGCACGGGCACGCGCACGGGAGGAAGCAGCCGCGGCGGCUCCCGCCGGCGCUGGUGCAGGCGCUGCCGUGCCUGGCGUUCUCGGCGGGGCUGGAGAUGGCCGGGUCGUCGCGGUCGGAGUGCGCCAUCUGCCUCACCAAGUUCGCCCGCGGGGAGGCGGUGCGCGUGCUGCCGCGCUGCAACCACGGCUUCCACGCGCGCUGCAUUGACCGCUGGCUCGCGGCGCGGCCGACGUGCCCUACCUCACGCCGUUUGCCGAGCCCACCGCGUUUCUGUAGCCAGACAGCCCUGGCCUCUGGACAGCCGUCGUGCAAUACUGAUCAUAGUAGGGGAUCGCGUGCGUGGCCCGCCUUGUGGAGCCGUAGAACUUGGCGCGGUUGUUCGUAG